ACUUUAGCAGGCUUUCAGGAUGUUCCGGAGGCAAAGCCUUUUUCCCAGCUGCAAGAUUCCAUCAGAACCGGAAUCCAAGGACAGCCUUUUCCCCUUUGCCCAGGACAAUGCGGUCAGGCAGUGGAACUCUCUAGGUGAUAUUUAUGACCUUUACGCUGACGAUGAAGAGGAAGAAAAGCCACCAGAUCCUCAGCCUCACAUUCCUUCACCCAUGAGACACCGUGCCCUCAACAUCAAUGUUGGAGGCAAGUCGUACCAGAUUACCUACAAGAUGGCAGCGAGGUUCCCCAAGAGUCGGAUCGGCCAGCUAGCCGCCUGCACAGAUCCAGGCGGCAAGCUGGACUUGUGUGAUGACUAUGUGGUGAAAGAUGACGAGUAUUUCUUUGACCGGGACCCGGAUGUGUUCAAUAGCAUCUUCAACUUCUACAGGACAGGUGUCUUGUGGAUCAGGGAUGAACUGUGCCCAAGGAACUUUUUGGAAGAGAUUGGAUACUGGGGGGUUAGGGUCAAAAUGGCACACCGCUGCUGCCGGAUCGCCUUCGAAGAGCGAAACGAUGAGAUGGAGGAACAACUCAAGGUCCAGCGGGAGCUGGAGGCUGAGCUGGAGAUUGAGGAACAUGAAGAGGCCUUUGAAGGAAUGAUUUUGGGCAAAGCAAGAAAAAAAAUCUGGAACUUGAUGGAGAAUCCUGUCUCUUCAAUCCCAGCGAAGCUAAUGGCUGUGUUUUCUAGCAUAUGUGUGCUAGCAUCCCUGGUGUCCAUGACUCUGGACACAGUGGAGGAUAUGGAGUAUCUUUCUCCCAAUGGCGAGUUGAGUGGAAAGACUCACUUGGUACAUGUAGAGACUGUGUGCAUAUCCUUUUUCACUGUGGAAUACCUGUUGCGCCUGAUCUCAACGCCUCAAUUAGCUAGUUUUGCUAAAAGUGCAAUGAACACUGUGGACCUCCUAGCCAUCCUGCCCCAGUACCUGCAGUUAGCACUGGAAUGGAUCGCAAGUGACAACUAUGGCAAGCACGCUGCAGACAUGAACAUGGUGGGGCGCAUAGGCCAGGUGCUGCGAGUAAUGAGGCUACUCAGGAUCUUUCGCAUCCUGAAGCUAGCGCGCCACUCUACAGGCCUCAGGGCCUUUGGCUUCACCCUGCGGCAAUGCUACCAGCAGGUUGGGUGCCUACUGCUCUUCAUCGCCCUGGGCAUCUUCAUCUUCUCCGCUAUGGUGUACUCUGCAGAGCAUGAUUUGCCGAACACCAACUUCACGAGCAUCCCUCACGCCUGGUGGUGGGCCACAGUCAGUAUUUCUACAGUGGGUUAUGGGGACAUGUACCCUGAGACUCUGCUGGGUCGAAUAUUUGCCUUUGGCUGCAUCUCCUUUGGCAUCAUCCUCAACGGGCUGCCCAUCUCCAUCCUCUUCAAUAAGUUUUCUGACUACUACGCCAAGCUGAAGGCCCACGAGGACUCGGUUGAGCUGGGCUUCAGGAGGAAACUCCGGCUCAGGCAGAGAGCUCAGAGGAGACUGGCUGAGUGCUGCUGUGUGGACGGAUCAUAACCUGUGAGAAACCCAGCAAAGACAACACUGUAAAAAAUCUUACUAGAUAUGUACCAGGAGUAAAUAACAUCUCCCAC